AAAUGGGUGAUUCUGUAAGGAACUGUAAACGAAGUGCAGAAACAGCUGAAAUGGAAGCUUCUAGCACGAUUUUAUCAUUAUCAAAGAGAAGAAAAGCCGUUGGUCCUCGUGAAUUGCAAGAAUUGGAGUUAAUAUCACCGGACAUUGAGCUCGAAAACCCUCGCUUCCUUGCGAAUUCGCAGAACCAGCCUAUUGACUUCGCCAAUUCCUCGGAUUCUUGUGGAGUGCAAGCCGGAGAUAUGUGUUCCAGUCUCUUCUCCGUUGAUUCAUCGGCUUCUCGUUGUUCGAGCAAUGAGUCAUGUGAUAUUCUCAAGGAUAGCUUGAGAAUUGUAGAUCUAGAGCCAAAGAGUUUUGAAACUGAAAUCUCAACGUGCACCACCAUCAACAAAUUCAGUAGAGAAACAACUCCCUUAAGCGAGCUUUGUGGUGACUCAAACGAAAUGGAAUCGCCUGCGAAAAAGCCUCCGAAGAUGCCGUCGCAAGCCGAGAUCGACGAUUACUUCUCCGUCGCCGAAAAGUACGAGCAAAAGCGGUUUGCAGAGAAGUACAAUUACGAUAUCGUCAAGGAUGUGCCUCUCGACGGUCGAUACCAGUGGCUUCGUCUAAAGCCAAAACCCUGAAGACAGACACGGGAGGAAGACGAUAACGUGGCGGCAUCUAAUUGGCUGAAAUUCACCAGUUUUGUACAGUUUUCCCUUUCCAGCCACUGUUUAAAUUCAGGAAUAUUCGAAAGAAGCUUAUUCUGAAAAUCCUU